GGAGAUUAGUGAAUCGCAGCUGGAAUGCGAGUUUGAUUCACAAAGGAAGGAGAAGGGGCAGAGCCGUCGCUUAAGAUUCUCAUCGGACAGCAUCAUCCCUCUCAGCCAUGAAGGGAGAGCAUUUAUUUGCUGGCAGUGCUCCAUUCAUCCGGCGGGUCUAUCUCCUUGGUGGUGAGCUGGUGGUCCUGCAGCCCACUACAGGAGAGGCGACAAUAGGAGACAGCUUCCACCAGAUCACAGACUUCAACGACCUCCCCACCUCCCUCUUCGCCUGCAAUGUGGACCAGUCUGUGUUUGAAGAGCAGGAGGGCAAGGAAAUGUUUGAGGCACUCUUCCUCACAUAUGAUGACAGCGUGACUUUCCAGUUGUUCAAGAGCUUCCGCCGUGUUCGCAUCAACUUCAGCAACCCUAAAGCAGCUGCCAGCGCCAGGAUAGAGCUUCAUGAAACACCUUUCAGGGGCAAGAAGCUUAAGCUCUACUUCGCCCAGGUGCAGAACCCAGCAUCGGAUGGAGACAACCUGCACCUAGCUCCUCCACAGCCCUCCAAACAGUUCCUCAUCUCGCAUCCUGGCUCACAACCUGUUGGUUGGCAACCAAUUGAUGAGGCAUCACAUGUCAUUAACUACGACCUGCUGUAUGCUGUUGCCAAGCUGGGGCCAGGUGAGAAGUUUGAGCUGCACGCAGGCACAGAGUCUACACCCAGCGUGGUGGUCCAUGUGUGCGACAGCGACACGGAUGAGGAGGAGGAACCAAAGAAUUGCCCAAAACCAAAAAUCAUCCAGACCCGACGCCCAGACCUGCCCGUGUCGCACUGACCUGCCAAGCUCAUCAUCCCCUGGCCUCAGAACUCCGAGAACCCACAAUCCCAUCCCCUCAAUGCCCUUCUUAGGAACUCUCCCCACACAUAGCACGUGAUCCAUCACACUAUCAGGAACCAGAGGAGUUUCCUCAUCCAUCACACUCUCGCACACCCUGUCUACCAUGUGCUUUCAACAAAUUUUCUCUUCUGUUGGCCAUAAAAUCCCCCGUCUAUCUUAUACAGACUCUGCUGUCACCCUGGUCACUGACUGAAAGACAGUAUGGAUCCCUCACUGCUUUCAGCCCUGUCUCUGAUUGGCUACUGGGGUGCACUGCAUGCCAUUUUCAGACAUUCCUAUUGGCCGACAGCUGGGUUAGCGGUACAGCUCUGAGGCCCCAGCUGGCGUCUUAGUACGGGGCACACUAGCCGACAAACGUGGUGGUAAACCAGUGUUGCAUGAGGAAAACUAAAAUGUAUGAAGCAUAUAUCAUGUAAAUGAAACUGAUUUGUAAUCCUUGAAUGCUGUCUUUGGUGAACUCUCAUCCAGCCAUAGGUGCAGUCAGCCCACAGGAGACGCAUCCAGCAAGCUAAUGCAUGCUCUUAUCACAAGUUGUUUGUGCAUUUUCCUUUGGUAUGUUUGUUAGUGUUUGUGUGUGUGCAUGUGUGCAUGUGUCCAGUUGUGUCUCUCUUUACUUUAUGGUGCUUCUCAUAGAAAAUGUGGUUUUUUGUUUUGGGGUUGUUUUUUUUGCAAUGGUGAACUGAAAGACAAACUCUAAAACCAUGCACUUUUCAGUGGAGAAAUUGUGAGAUUAAUUUUCUGUGAUUUUUCCUAAAUGUUUCCCUUUUCUUUCUCUGUGCCCCCCCCCCCCAAAAAAAAAUUUUAAAAAAGCUUUUGGGGGCCUUGAAGGCAGUUAUUCCUAACAGUGCUUUGAGAACCUCCUUACUGUGCGUCUCCAGCAAGUGCAAGUUUGUGGAUCCUCAUUCCCAGCCACAUGAUGAGACACUUAGGCUGCUAAUGCAAGGUGUCAUCGCAUUACAUUAUUCUCCAAGUGCUAUUACAAACAAGGUACGGGGUUGACGUCAGCCUGUUCCAUAAGUGACUCAUGCUUUUUUGUUGUUGUUGGUGUUUUUGUUUUGUUUGGGUUUUUUUUGUUUGUUUGUUUGUUUUGCUUUGGUGUGCCUAACCUAUUUGCAGGUCUAAAUAUGUUUCAUUAAAAAAUCGUUUGUGAAUAUGCAGUAGACAGUUAAAGCAUGCACAUCACUUAACGCUGAGUGUACAUCAGUUACUGUAUAUUAUAAAUUAGACACAUCCUAUAAUGUAAGUUACAAAGAGAGACAGGAAGGUCUUCGGUCUUAGAUGUGGAACUUUGGAUACUAUGUAAUAUGAAGUGGCAUACCAGCAUAAAGAAUGUACACUGAGUUACACUGUAAUGUUGGUAAGCAUGUUUAGAAAGGUAACUUUUACAUUAUAUGUUCUUCCACCACAAAGGUACUAAUGGAUAAUGAAAUUAUUUUUGCAUUUACCAUAGUAACAACAUUUAAAUGUUAAACGUUUUUGACUUUUGAAUGACUUUUCCCAUAAUACAUCAGUAGUGUGAGGUGCCAUUUCCAUAGUAACUGAAUAGAUCCAUUCGUUUGUAGUAUUGGCUGUCAUAAAUAUGUUGCUUUCUGUGUUUAAAGCAGGUAAGCAGUGAUCAGUGUUCAGGGUGAUAUCUUAAAUUUAAAUAAUUCCAAUUUAUUGUUGAUUUUGUACUAUAUGAUGCCACAAAAGAUUAGGCAGUAAUUAUAGUAUAUAAAACACAAUACCUUAAUUUGCUCUGUCAUUCAUUUGGGUCCAUUAGGUGGUUAUAUGCAUGGUUUCAGUACACUACAGUUGUGGAAACAGGGUAGUCUCCCCCCCAUUACAGUAUUUGUGUUACCAGUGUAAUCCACUGCCUCAGUGCAUGCAUCUCUGUCUCAGUGCUUGCUGUUGUAGCCUGAACAGUGAAAAGUUACUCUACAUGCCCUUAACAUUCACUUCCUUCAUCUCUGACACAGACAUGACAGAGUCAAUGGUGCAACAGUCACUUCUGUGUACUGGAAGAAAAGCAAUAUAAUAACACUGCUAUGACCUUAUCAUUAAGAUGUCCACACCUGACCAAACAUUCCCAUAUACACCUAAAAUCUACAUAUUUAGUAGGUAUUGCUUAUCUUGCAGAAUGUUGCUGAAGACUUCUGUGUGAUUCCAGCACUGUUACAUACAGUACUGCACGCCAGAUCCUAAAAAGGUCCGAAUACUGUAUCUUUUUUCCUACAUUAUCUUUCAGAAUGCAUUAUAUUCUCUGUUCUAUUUGUAAGUUGAUUCGAUUGGAAGUUAGUGUUGUUAAUGUUGCAGAAACAGUAUCUCUGUUGUGUAUACUCAUUUAAAGCCAUGUGUAUACCAGUCAUCUACAUGUCUGACCUGCCUGCCUACACAAAGAAGACAUAUCUGUAUAUAUCAAUAAUAUUUUUACUGCAUUUUUGUACAAAUAUUCAUGGUAGCCAUGUAUAAGUAGUUGAAAUGAUUCUACGUU